AUGGCCUUCCAGGCCGCAACUGCUGCCGCUGCGCCGGUGAGCAUGCAGCAGAUCACAUCCGCGACUGCGGAACUAUGGCCGAGCAUGGCGGCGGUAUUGCGAGCGCCGUGGCAAGGGAGGCCGUCUUCGGCGUCGAGAUCCCAGCGUCAAGGACAGCAGAAGGUCUCUCCACGGAGGGAUCAAGCAAGAGGAGAUGCACAGCAAGAGGUGGCUAGGAAAGAGAGGAGUGAGAUGCCGGAGUUCAUGGCUCAGGUACCGGUGGCCAGCAUGAGCAGGACGGCGGGUAUGGGUGCGCUAGGAGCGAGCAGUAUGACGACAAGAGACAUCCUGUCCGGUCUACCGAAGGGCUCAUUACGAAGAGCAUCACCGCUCAACCGAACCUUCUCCUCGCUCUCACCUAACUCGCGCGCAUUCUCUACGGCCACCACUCGCUUUGGACCCUUCAAUCUCCGCCCAACAGCAUCGAGAAGUACAUCCCUGGUCGGCUUCAGCCAGCAACGCACCCUCUUUGGCUCAUCGUGGGGCUCGACCAGCAAUCGCAACGUCCUCGCACAAAUGGAGCAGCAGGCGAACAACAAUCCGGCAUCUCCUACCGCUCAGAACGCCUUCUACCAAGCCCUGCUCCGCGCCAACAUGCCCGAGAUCCUCGUCGAACGCUACCAGACCAACCGCUAUGCCAGUAACACUGCCUGCGAAAACGCUUAUAUGCGCGCCCUCCAAAGCAUCGGAGCACAAGAGACGGGCGCUGUGGGAAGCAUGGCAGGCAAAGCACAAUCUAUGCAAGGUCAAGGUCAAAACCACGGCAUGAGUAACGAACAACUACAAGCUAUCGGUCAAGCGGUUUCAGCUCGGAAUCAGGGCGGGAAUGUUAGCAUCUCAAAGCAAGGUUCUGGCGCAAAGAACGAGCCGCUGUACGUGGUGGUCGACGAAAGCAUGGGCAGCACGAUCUUCAAAUGGGUCAAGUUCUUGCUCAUCUUUGGCUUGAUCGGGUACUGCGCGCUUGUGGUCUUCACGCUGUUGAUUGAGGCUACUGGUGUGCUUAAGAAGGUCGGAGGCGCGCAGAACGCUGAGGCCAAGCCUGAGUUGCAGAAUACCCGCUUCACGGACGUCCAUGGCUGCGACGAGGCGAAGGAGGAACUGCAAGAGCUGGUCGAAUUCUUGAAGGCGCCGGACAAGUUCAGCUCCCUGGGCGGCAAGCUGCCGAAGGGUGUGCUGCUCGUGGGACCUCCCGGUACCGGAAAAACACUGCUUGCUCGCGCUGUUGCUGGUGAAGCUGGCGUGCCUUACUUCUACAUGAGCGGAUCUGAGUUCGACGAGGUUUACGUCGGUGUGGGCGCGAAGCGUGUGCGUGAUUUGUUCAGCGCCGCGCGCGCUAAGAGUCCUGCCAUCAUCUUCAUUGAUGAGCUGGAUGCCAUAGGAUCAAAGCGACAUGAGCGAGAUGCCGCGUAUGCGAAGCAGACCCUCAAUCAGCUUCUCACCGAACUUGACGGCUUCGAUCAGAACUCAGGCGUUAUUAUCAUUGGCGCGACCAACUUCCCGCAGAGCUUGGACAAGGCUCUGACAAGACCUGGCCGGUUCGACCGGAAUGUGGUUGUACCCAUGCCUGACGUUCGCGGCCGGAUUGCGAUUCUCAAGCACCAUCUCCGAAACGUACGAACAGAUUCGGCUGUUGAUCCAGCCAUCAUCGCCCGAGGCUGCCCUGGCUUCAGCGGUGCUGAGCUUGAGAACGUUGUCAACCAGGCUGCCAUCCGCGCCAGCAAGAACAAGGCCACCAAAGUUUCGAUCGACGACUUGACCUGGGCCAAAGACAAGAUCAUGAUGGGUGCCGAGCGCCGUUCAGCCGUGAUUCAGCAGAAGGACAAAGUCAUGACUGCAUACCACGAAGGCGGACACGCACUGGUGGCCAUGCUCACGGAAGCUUCUACACCUCUCUACAAAGCGACGAUCAUGCCUCGCGGACACGCGCUGGGCCUGACGCAAAUGCUUCCGGAACUCGACAAGGUCUCGGAAACGAAGCGAGAAAUGAUGGCCCAAAUCGACGUGUCCAUGGGCGGCAAAGUCGCUGAAGAACUCGUCUACGGCCCCGACAACGUCACCACAGGCGCCAGCUCCGACAUUCAAGCCGCCUCCCAGAUCGCGCGCAUGAUGGUCACGCGGGCAGGGAUGAGCGAUCUCCUAGGUAACGUGGACCUGGACACUGAUUACGCGCGCCUCUCACCCGAAACCAAACGGUCCAUCGAAGCCGAAGUCCGCCGAUUAGUUGAAGAUGGAAGGGACCGUGCGACGAAACUCCUCACCACCAACCGCGAAGGACUGGACCGGCUAGCGAAGGCGUUGGUUGAGUACGAGACGUUGGGCAAGGAGGAGAUGGAGAAGAUUGUGCGGGGCGAGAAGCUGCCGGAGAAGGUUAAGGUGGAUCCUGAGACGCCUGUGAAAGUGCCUGAUGGGGAGACAUUCAUGCCUCCACCGCAGGGUGAGGGCAUUGGUGGGUUGGGAGGUCUUGGGGGUGCGCCGGAACCGGCUGGUGGUGAGGGGGCGGGGGGUGGGAGUCCAUGA